AUGUCCUAUGCGUCCUCUCAAGAUGCCAGGUGUGUGUCCCCUCCUUCCUCACGGCCUCACACCCCUCUGAAUGGUCACGCCUCCUACGACUCUCCUGGAUGGAGCCGAAAACUGCGAGUGCGAGACGGAGAUCAGUUCUACAUGUUAGACCAAGAGGAGAUUCAUCCCCUGCUCAGGAACGAGCGUUGCUCCGCAGAACGUUGCCCAGCAUCUCAGCGGAAGAAACUACUCCGCAGGACCGUCAGUGUACCAGUGGAGGGACGACCUCAUCCUGAAUCCGAGCACGCUCGUGCUCGUAGGAAGAGUUUUGCCACUGCGAGGCAGACAAGCAUGGAAACCCCUCCCACUGCCCCCCCUCAACCCUUCAGACAACCUAGUUUUCUCAGCCGCAGACUAAAAGGCUCCAUUAAAAGAGCGAAGAGUCAACCCAAACUGGACCGCACCAGCAGUUUUCGACACAUGAUUCUCCCACGAUUCCGCAGUGCUGACCAGGAAAGGACGCGACUAAUGCAAAGCUUCAAGGAGUCACACUCCCAUGAGUCUCUGCUCUCACCAAGCAGUGCUGCUGAGGCUCUGGAUCUCACACUGGAUGAGGAUGCAAUCAUCAAACCAGUCCACUCCAGCAUACUGGGACAGGAGUACUGCUUUGAGGUGACUACAGCUUCAGGAACAAAGUGCUUUGCCUGUCGCUCUGCUGCUGAGAGGGAUAAAUGGAUUGAGAACCUCCAGCGGGCAGUCAAACCCAACAAGGAUAAUAGUCGCCGCGUAGACAAUGUUCUCAAACUCUGGAUCAUUGAGGCACGUGAUCUCCCCCCUAAAAAACGCUACUACUGUGAGCUCUGUUUGGACGACAUGCUGUACGCGCGCACCACCAGCAAACCUCGCACAGACACAGUCUUCUGGGGAGAGCACUUUGAGUUCAACAACUUGCCUGCCAUUCGCAGUCUGCGCCUGCACCUCUACAAGGAGACUGACAAAAAGAGACGCAAGGAGAAGAGCACGUACCUCGGGCUGGUCAGUAUUCCAAUCUCCAGUAUAACUGGUCGGCAGUUUGUGGAGCAGUGGUAUCCAGUCAUCCAGCCCAGCGUGUUGGCUAAAGGUGGUGGUGUUGGAAGUGGGAAGGUCAUUAAUGCUUCACUGCGGCUGAAAUCGCGCUAUCAGACCAUGAGUAUCCUGCCCAUAGAGCUGUAUAAGGAGUUUGCUGAAUAUGUUACGAAUAACUACCGCACGCUGUGUGGUGUACUAGAGCCACUACUCAGCGUCAAGAGCAAAGAGGAAGUAGCCUGUGCCCUGGUGCACAUUCUGCAGAGCACAGGCAAGGCCAAGGAUUUUUUGUCAGAUAUGGCGAUGUGCGAAGUGGACCGUUUCAUUGACCGAGAACAUCUGAUCUUCAGAGAGAACACGCUGGCCACUAAAGCAGUGGAGGAAUAUCUGAAGCUAAUUGGUCACAGAUACCUGAAGGAUACAAUAGGAGAGUUUAUUCGUGCCCUGUAUGAGUCAGAGGAGAACUGUGAAGUAGAUCCCAUGAGAACUCCUCCAUCUGUCCUCCCUGACCAGCAGGCCAAUCUGCGCAUGUGCUGUGAACUGGCACUCUGCAAGAUCAUCAACUCCCAUUGUGUGUUUCCACGGGAGCUGAAGGAGGUGUUUGCAUCCUGGCGUGUGCGCUGUGCCGAGCGUGGUCGUGAGGAUAUCGCCGAUCGGCUCAUCAGCUCCUCUCUGUUCUUGCGUUUUCUGUGCCCUGCCAUUAUGUCCCCGUCCCUGUUCAAUCUGACACAGGAAUACCCUGCAGAACGCACAUCCCGAACACUCACUCUCAUCGCCAAGGUGGUACAGAACCUGGCCAGCUUCUCCAAGUUUGGUGCUAAGGAGGACUUUAUGUGUUUCAUGAAUGAGUUUCUGGAGGUUGAGUGGGGCUCCAUGCAGCAGUUCUUGUAUGAGAUCUCUAACCUGGACUGUGGGAACACAGCAGGGGCCUUUGAAGGCUACAUUGACCUGGGAAGAGAACUCUCAAUACUGCACAGUUUGCUGUGGGAGGUUAUGGCACAGCUCAGCAAGGAUGCCAUACUGAAGCUGGGCCCAUUGCCACGGUUACUGAAUGACAUCAGCGUUGCCCUGAGAAACCCACAGCUUCACCGACAGGCAAGUCACCAGCCAGAGCGCCCCAAUGACCGCCUCCUCUCACGGCCAGCAUUCAACCGCCUCGUUUCCACUGACUUCCAGAGUCUGAUGAUGCGGGAUCUCAACAGUUCCAUUGAUAUCUCUCGUCUGCCCUCACCCACAUCUGGCUUGCCGGCAGGCACAGUCAUGAGCUCUCAUCCCAGCGUGAGCGGAUUUGCUGAGAGAGACCACAGAGCAGCCAAAGAUGUAUUCUAUGUCACACGCCCCCCCCUGGCACGCUCAAGUCCUGCUUACUGUACCAGCAGCUCGGAUAUCACUGACCCUGACCCAAAGGUCCUCAGUGUCAAUAAGAGUGUGUCCAUGAUGGAUCUUCAGGACUCACGCAUUAACAGUAUCUCUAACCUGCACUCAGACAUGAUGAACUCAUCCCAGGCUUCCAUUGCUGGGCUGGGUAGUUUUGGUGCCCUGGGCGGGCCCUUGCGUGUGGGGGGGCUCAGACUGGGGCACUCAGGAGCUUUGACCACUGAUUCGCUGUCUCAGCAGCAACAACAGCAGGCGGCUGCCAUGCAUGUUCCCCUGUCCUUCCAGAACCCUUUGUUCCAUCUGGCAUCUGAUGGCCCACAGUACCACGCCCAAACCACAGCUCAGGCCCCACCCCCUCCUCUCUUAUUGGCACCUGAGCCUGAGAAUGGGUUUGUCCCAGCUUUCGGUCACAGUGGUUUUUCCCGCAGUGAGGAUCUGUCUGCAUUAAGGUCCCAGAGCAGUUUGGUCCAGCCCAGCAUUGUCCACUCACACAGUUACAGUGACGACUUCACACGCCACCAUCAGGCUGACUACGCCAGGCGGCAGCUCUCGCUGCAGGUGCAGGAAAAUCUUCAGCAGCAGGUAUUGAUGGGAAUGGCUCCUCAGACUUCCACCGGCACAGGUACACCUGCCUCACUGGCCACGCCCCCCACCACAAUCCACCCUGCCCGUCAGGCCUCCAUGGCCCAACCCCCUUCUCAGCGCAUGAAACCUCAGCCCUCUCACCAGCUGUCCGUCAGCUCGGCAGCUAACUCCACCCCACCUAAGGCCCGCCCACAGAGCGGAAAUCUCCUUCAAUCUCCAGAGUCUAGUUUUGGAACUAGGCAGUCACCACGACAGCAGCUGUCCGUCAAAGACAGUCCAGCUCCUGGGCUGCCACAUCAGACCAGCACAGUUACUGACAGCCAGCCACCACAGGGGGGCACUGCUGAGAACACAGAGAACAGCCAGAGCAAUGCACCAGCCAAACCAGCACAGCAACAACAACAACAACAACAACAGCAACAACAGCAACAACAACAUUUACUUAAGCCCACCGUCAACAAACAGGGCACAAAGUCGCCUUCCACUCUGAACCCACCAACCCCUGCGUCAGAGCGCACUGUGGCUUGGGUUUCCAACAUGCCUCAUCUCUCUGCCGACAUCGAGAGUCUACGUGUAGACCGAGAAGAGUUCAAACUGAAGGAGCACUCUAAAAGCAUGGAUGAGUCCCGGCUGGACAGGGUGAGAGAGUAUGAGGAGGAGAUCCAGUCCCUUAAAGAGCGUUUGAUGUUGUCCCAUCGUAAACUAGAGGAGUAUGAACGGAGACUGCAGUCCCAGGAGCAGCAGACCAGUAAGAUCCUGCAGCAGUACCAGAGUAGACUGGAUGACAGUGAGAGGCGACUACGGCAGCAGCAGAUGGAGAAAGACUCACAGAUCAAAGGCAUCAUUAACAGGCUCAUGGCUGUGGAGGACGAGUUAAGGGGAACUGGUAUUCCUGAUAUCAAGUCCCGGAUCUUCCCGGAGCAGUGUUUCCUUGUGUGUCCUGGUACAUUCCAGUGUUUACUCCUCUGUGCCUUUCUGAACACCACCUGUGUACCGCCCCCCUCCCACCUCACCUGCCUCUGCAUCCUUUUUCCCUCCCUCCACUCCACUUUCCUGCCACCGUCACAUUCCUCGCCUACACCCACACCAUGUCUGAUACUUAGAGGGGAGGGUGGGUUGGUCGUGCCCUCAGGUUCAGUGCUUUCCUCCCUGGACAGCACUUCAGCCAGCUCCCCUUUGAAUGGAGCUCUGUCUCCCUUGCCUCCACGUCUGCACUACAGCCAGACCAGGGAGCUCCAGGGCAACCAGGGCACCAACACCACAGCAACAGGCUCCAUGGCAACCUGCAGCACAGUGAUAACAUGUGCUCAGGGAUUGACCAGAGGCAAAACAGGAUAA